UAUCUUGGUCCCCCAGUAGACAUGUGGGCAAUGGGCGUCCUCCUCUACUAUAUGUUGGUAGGAUUCCUGCCUUUUCGUGGUCGAACAGUCGGUCAGCUUCGCAAGGUCAUUUUAGAAGCGACAUCCGCAAACAGCGAAUUCCGAGUUCCGCCUCGUGUCUCAGAAGGUGCCACAAUUCUCAUUCAGCGACUGUUAACAAAAAAUCCUCUCAAUAGACCAAAAGCGUCAAAGUUGAUUGAAGAGGCUACACGAAGUUCGCAUUCCUCCCGAUCCAUUUCCAUGGAUAGAUUAGUUAGUGCAACGAUGAAUGCUUCCCCUUGGCACAAGAACGAACCCUGGUUGGCCCAUCAAGUUUUCCCCAAACCCUAUCCCAAAGUUAAUUCUGGACCACCUGGUGGAGCCCUAGGUGCUCGUUUGAUGCUGGCUGAGGCAAAGAAAAAAGGCAAACCGAGCAAUCCUUCCACCCCCGAUGAUUCACCUACCUCAAGUUUUACCACCUCCAAGUCAUCGAAUGUCCUCAAAAUCACCAUCACUCCACCUGAUUCGAAUGGAGAUGCUGUGAAUGCAAGUUCUGCUGUACGGCUGCCGAAAAAAAUUUCACCCUCGGAAGAGGCCAUUGUCCAGUCGGAGAUUGAGGCUGCUAAAAUUCUUCUUCACUUGGGCAUUUCAACCGAACGUCUGGCUGCACCUAGCAAUGGUGAUGCCAGAAAUUCAAUCACUGGAGCCUACAGAAUCAUGUUGCAUCAGUUACAAAGGUAA